AUACGGCACUACAUUACCCGCUGCCAUUCAUACUCUGACCACCAACCCCAAUUACAUACUCGUGUCGAUCCUAGCGUAAAUGCUACGAAGAGAUGUGCCCCCAACGAGUCGAUUUGCGCUCGCUCCACUUGGGCGUGGACACGAGAACAAGCUCAAGCAGCUGGGGCGAACAUUGCUCAAGCAAGCGAUCGUCGAGUGCGAGACGUCCCUCCAGGGAAUGGACCAGCACUGGAAACACGUGCGGAAUUCGCAUGGUAUCAAAGUGUACAAAGCCAAGACUGUCCACGCGCCGUCGCACAUGAUGACCACGGGGAUCAUCAAGGCGAGUUUGAACCAAGUGAUGCAGUGCUUGUAUGCAGACAACACGGCGCAGUUCCGCAUGCUCAAUGCGCUACUCAUGCCCAAGGACCACUUGGACUGCGAGGUGUUGCACGCGCUGGACGUGCAGGAUGCCAGCCAUCCGUUCCGCUUCAACGGGCUCAAGUGGUGCGCGACGAGCACCGGGUCCCUUGGCAAGACGACCAAAGACUUGUGCUACUUUGACUCGACAGGCCUCACGCAAACGUUGGACAAGGAUGGCCAGCCGCUCGAGUACGGAUACUGUUUUCUCGAGUCGUACGACCUAGCGCAGUGUCCCAAGCUGGACGCGUUCUCGAUCGGUCGCGCAAAAAUCUCUGUCCGUCACAUCUUCAGAGAGCUUCCCAUGGGGGCCACGGUCGUUAUGACGCAUUCCACGGUGGACUCGUCCACGUUGCCUCUGUGGAUCCACCCCCAAGGGUCAAUUCCCCCGCAGGUGCUGGCCAUCGUCAACGCCGCCGACGUGGCCGAGUCCAUCAGGCUCUCGCGUCGCAUGCAGGAGCAGGCUUCCAACGGGCUCACCGUGUACACCAAAACCGGUAGCCCCCGUCCGUGGGGCAAGCUGUCGUUUCUGCUCAACCGGCCGCCUUCCAAAUGCACCUUGUGUCAUCACGACACGUCGAAACUGCUCCGACGCCGAGUUGUGCAAGUCGAAGGCAACGGCAUCAAAACGUCCCGGCAGCUGUUUUGCUCCACGUGUGUCUCCCCCACAACCACGUUUGACGCACCCACCACGAUGCUAGGUCCGUCCAGCGUCCACGACGACGACGACGAGAACGAUCUCAUGCACUUGUCCAUGCGCAGCAGCAGCACACUGCACGCAUCCGGGUACGCGUCGUCGUCGUCGUCUGCCUGCUCACCGUCAUCAUCCGUGCAUAUGCUGGAGCUGGACGACGAAGAAGCGCUGGACGAACUGUCGUACUCGGGACUGCCGUUCACGCACAUCAUCCCCCCCCUGCAGGCCGCCGCCAAGAGCAGCCGCUGCUUGUAUCAUAGCGAGACGGAAGACUCGUCCGACGACAGCUCGUCGUCCCCCAGACACCCGGACGAGGCGUGCUGCCACCUCCACUCGGCCCAUCCGUACUCCACAGCCAUCGCCACCGAACUCUCCCGACUCACCAUCCAAAUGGACCACAUUUGGGGCAUCGUCCGAGCCAACAAAACCCAAGCGGACUUCUUCAAGGGGUACAACCGCAUUGAAUAUUUAUAACAAGAGCCAUGGCCCGCCACCCCACGGGACGCAACGUGGGGAGGUUUUGGCAUUAAAUUAUGCCUUGUUUUCACGGCACGUUUCCUCUCGUUUCGUUUCGCGCUUGUCAUGUGUGAAUUUGCCAAUUAUAAUGGCAGCUUUGCCACAACAUGACAGCUGUAACAUGAAUUUCGCCUAGUUUUCACCAGA